AUGACUAUAUCGCAAUUUUUUAUCAUUUCUCACUCAGGAGAUGUCCUUUUGUCGAGAAAUUUACGUAAUGAGACUACUAAAAAUGUCGAGAGUUUUUACACUUAUUUAAAGGAAAAUAGUAAUGUCGGCCCAAUUUUUGAACUGGAAGGAAUGUUAUAUUUCUAUAUUAGGAGGUCAAAUUUGUACUUUGUGAUGACUACGAGGUAUAUAACGUCACCGUCGUAUGUCAUGGAAUUGUUAAACAAAAUUACUAAUUAUUUAAAGGAUUUUAUCGGAAUAUUGAACGAAGAAACCAUAAAAUCGAACUUUGUAUUGGCGUAUGAGAUACUUGACGAGAUACUCGAUUACGGAUAUAUACAAUGUAUAAGUAUAAACCAGCUGAAGCAGAAGAUAUAUAACACCUCAACGGUGACGACAGAUAACAUAAAGCCGAUGACCAGUAACCGUAACAUGCUACCAUCUGUAGUUAGUAAUAAAUCACUAAUAAACCCAAAUAACAAGAAUGAAAUUUUCGUGGAUGUGAUUGAGAAAGUUAAUGCGAAACUGGGCAGUGAUGUGAAAACAACAGUGGAAGGACAAAUACAAAUCAAGUCAUAUUUAAAAGGAUCACCGAGCAUACAACUGUACAUUUCAAACAAUAUACAAUUUUUAAAUAACACGUCUAGAACAAGUAAUGAGUCAGAUUUGAGCAAUCCUCCUUCCAGUAGUCAACAUUUAGAGCAACUUCCAUCUUAUAAUAAUCAGUUCACACAUAGUAGCUUUAUCACUGGUGGUAUUGAUAGAGUUGGUACUUUUGAAGACCAUGGAGAACAGUUGCAUAGGCUUCAAAGUUUAGAAAUCGAUGAUAGAUUUGAAAGCAAACUAGUAAUCGAAGAUUAUAAUCUUGAUAGUGAUGUUGAAAUGGUUAAUAACGUCAUGAAAUUUAUACCUAAAGAGGGCGAAUACACUAUCCUAAAUUACAAGUUAAAAAAUAUUAAUUUACCGUUUGAUAUAAAAACUCAACUUGUGAAUAAUAGUGAAAAUAACGUGCAUUUGUCAAUAAGAGUCUCUUGCAACUUGCCUCUAAAUGUUCAUUCGUUAUUUCUUCUAAAGUGUAAACUGCCAAACCAUGUCAAUACCAUCAACAUGUCACUGAACCCCAAGUUUUUUCAACAAGUGUCAGAAUACAAGUUGGAGAAUAACUCGAUAUCCUGGAACGUAAAGAAUAUACAAGGUUCAAGUGAAGUUGUUCUGAAUUCUGAAAUUGCAUUUAGCACUAAAGUUAACAUGAAGCAAUUUGGUCCAAUUAACCUUGUAUUCGAGGUUCCUCUGUAUAAUAUCACAAACCUGAAGAUAAAGUACUUGAACGUUAAUAAUAAUAACAAAUCGUAUAAAUGGGUGAGGUACUUGACGUUAUCAAAUUCAUACAUGUACUACUUUUAA